GGAAGUGGAGGGUGGGUGUGGCUGGUAGCGUUCCGGUGAGGGUUCGGGUCCCGGCUCCGUCGCUAUGCGCAAGUUCUUCCAGGAGAUCAAGGCCGACCUGAAGUUUCGGAGCGCGGGGCCUGGCCAGAAGCUGUCGGAGCCGGCGCGGUACGGGGCUCUUCGCCGCCGGGUCCCCAAGGAGAAGCCGAAAGCAGAGGCGGCACCGAAGCCUCGGCAUGGACCCACCGAUGAGGCACAGAUGGCGGCGGCGGCAGCGCUGGCCCGGAUGGAGCUGAAGCCCAAGGCGAAGCCACCCUCCUCCCAGGGGGCCAUCAAGAACCAGGUGAGAAAGGAGCUGAUGGCUGAGGCAGCUGCAAGUGUGAAGGGGGUUUCUGCAGACCAAGAGGACCCAGCCUUCUCAGACAAGGAAACUGCAGCUGAACCCUCUGUUUCAGGGGUCUAUUUCAUUUGCCCGUUGACCAGCACGGUUGUAAGGAAAGAUGAGAAAGAAAAGCAUAUCAGGGAAGCCAUCAAGUCGUAUUUCUCUGUAGAUCCAGUGGCUGCUUCCAUCAUGGAGAUCCACACCUUGAAUAAGGAUCGGGAGAAAGUCCGAGUAGGUGUGGAAACCAUGGCCAAAUACUUGGACAAUAUCUAUCUGCAUCCAGAAGAGGAGAAGUACCAGAAAAUCAAACUGCAGAACAAAGUAUUUCAGGAAAGGAUAAACUGCCUGGAAGGCAUACAUAGAUUUUUCCAGUCUGUUGGGUUUGAGACAAGAACACUGCCUGUUCCAGGACAAGAUACCACAGAAGAGUACUACGUACUGAAGGAAGAAAUGCUGACCAAGUUGGAAGACCUCAAGGACUACAAAGAGCAGCUUUUAAGCUGUGAGCCACUGAGACUCCAGCUGGAUCGCCAGCUCUGUGUAUUUAAACCAUCACCUGAAGCUGCUCGAUUUGAGCUGCCAAAUGACUUCUACAACCUCACUGCAGAAGAGAUAAAGCGAGAACAGCGGCUCCGGACAGAAGCAGUGGAAAAGGCUUCAAUGCUGAGGACAAGAGCCAUGAGAGAGAAAGAAGAACAAAGGGAAAUGCGGAAGUACAACUAUACCCUGUUACGAGUUAGACUUCCUGAUGGCUACCUGCUCCAAGGGACUUUUUAUGCACGUGAACCUGUAUCUGUGCUCUACAACUUUGUAAGAGAAGCACUCAGAGAUAACUGGCUGCCCUUCGAGCUUUUGGGACCUGGAGGUCUCAAACUGACAGAUGAGAACUUGGCUUUCAAUGAGUGUGGGCUGGUCCCCUCAGCUCUUCUGACUCUUGCCUGGGAUGCAGCAGUAAUGUCAGACAUCGAGGCAUCAGGACAGGAACAGCCAGCAAGCCCCCUGAAACCAGAACUUCUCUCCCAUGUCCAGACACUGUCUUGAAAUAAAGGGGAAUGCAUUCAGCACUGGUGGUCUUAGGCUGUUCCCUUAUGCUGGAGCUUCCAACACGUGAUAUCAGAAACGAGUUUUAGCUCUGAAGAGUGGGAGGCUAGAGAUUCAGCCACUUUAAACCAACCCUGCAGACGGUUCCACAACUCAGUAGCCAUUCAAGGUAGUCUUACCCUGUAAAGUUUUCAAGGCUGCACUUAAUGGCUUUAAGAACUAAGUUCUAGCAAUGACUGUUUAAGGUAUUUUUAAAACCAUGAUGAAGUACCACUUUCCUCUUUUGGAGGAGGAAUGAGAUGCUAAUAGAUGGCUGGAUGACAAACCGAUUGAGCCUGGAUAUUGGGCUGGGCUUAGAAUUCAGCUUUUCCUUUUGCUUCUAUGUGCACUGUAACUCCUAUUGGAGAGAGUAUAUUUAGAUAAUGUUAUGUUUAAUCUAAUUAAAUUGAUUAUUUAAAAGA